AUGGGAAGCGCAAUCUCUCAUCAACCGACAAGUAAGGAAGAUAAGAAGAUUAAAAAGAAGGUUAAAAAGAAGAAACAAAAGGAUCUUCAAAAAUCAUUAGAAGCCUCACUUGGAAAUCUUGUUUCACCCGAGGAAAUUACUCAAUUUUUUAAUUUAUAUUCAUCUCCGAAACUAUUGGAGGAAUGUUUCUUUGAUUUUGAAACAUUAUAUGAAAAGCUAUUGGAUAAUAAUGGAGAGGUGAGAAAACUCAAAGUUAAUCUAGCUGUUAUCAAUAUUCAAAAGUGGUGUGAGAGUCGAUUAAAAACGAGACUUGUUGCCAAUGUAUUACGAGUUACAGAGAGAAAGAAAUUGGGAUUUGGUUUGGUUCAUGUUGCAAUUCUGUUGGGACAAUACAUUAUUCAUUGGUUUGAUGACGGAUUGGUUCAUCUGACUCCUAUUAAAUCCUCACAUCCAAAUCUUGCUGUUGAAGUUGGAGAGCUGGAUAUUGAAGAAAAAAAGGAUCAGGAGAAGAUUAAACAAUUAUGCUUUGUGAUUUCAGAAUAUAACACCAAGAUGGUGUAUAAUAAUAGGAAUUGUAAUUGUCAUCAUUUUGUUAGAGAUUGCAUCAGUGCAUUGGAUUUGAAUUUCUCUUCAAUAAUGAAAGGACAACUUGGAAAUUAUCUAAGGAGAAUAAGAAAUGGAAAAUUACUUACAGAAAGAGAAUUCUGUAAUCCUAUCACUCAAGAAAGAGUGCUGUUUAAUACUCACAAACAAUUAGAUGAAUAUGUGAUCGAUCUGUUAACAAAACACCCAUCUUUCAAAGAAGAGCAUCCCUAUGAUUUUGAGUUAUUGAAAGCGUUUGAUAGAGGAUUCUGGAUGGGACAUCUCAAAGACAAACAUGAAAAACUCAAACAAGCAGAAGGACUUCAUUAUACGUGGAAUGAAAUAUUUCUUCCUCUCAUCAAACAAGAAGAGAAAGAGGAAAUUGAAAAACUUCCUGAUGUUGAGGAAACUGCUGAAACUGAAACAAUUGUAUGCUCUUCUUUUGUGCAUUCCAUAAUUUUUCAUGAAAAUUAUGUCUGUCCAUUUGGAGAUCCACAUACUGUUGGAUGCUUUUUAGAUGUCUAA